CAUCCGCGCAUCGGCCCAAGAGGAAGCCCGGCACAACGCUCUGUAGUGAGCUUGCUCAGCCAGGAUGACGACUCCUGCCGUAUCUCCUGGAGCUGCGCUCUUGAGAGCGUCGCGCAUGUUCUCGCUCCCCGCCGCGAUAUCAUCACCACCAGGCGACUGGUCAACUGCCACCAAGCAUCACUCCGACACCGCCACGAAGCACUUCCCGACGCGCCUCUCUGUUACCACCACGCAAGCAUCCCGAGUCAAUGGAGACUGGGGUUUCAAGCGGUCGUUUCCCGCAAAGACAACUUCAAAGCAGACGAUACCCUUGAUCCGGAUCAACAAGGUCGAUGCGAUCGAGGAGGUGACAGAUUUCGACUCGGCGUCUGACCACUCUCUGACGCUGCUCAAGUUUCAAGAGAUGAACAUGGCCAUCACAACUCCGCCGGCUAGAAAGUCGGAUGUGUAUGACAGCUACACCAAGCCGGUUUCGGUGUUCGAGGAGGAUAGCGACAUUACGGCAUUUGAGCCUGGCCAGGAGACAGAGAGCGAGAACAAGCGAUGGCGUUUCAAUGGGCCAUGGCUGGCCGGCAUGGCCGACGGCGACUUUGAAAAGUACUUGAAUAAGAAUGUGCGCAACAGACGCGCCGACUUCCGGGCCUAUCUGAAGCAGCACAUGGCCAAGGAGCAGACCGCCGAGAAGCGGAGAACUGCUCUCGAGGCCGGCCAGGACGACAAGCAGGUGGCCGAGGUCGCCCCAGAAGCCAUCACGGACGAGAUCUACACUGAGAACCUUAGGAGACUGCGUGCCGACCGCAUCGAGCUGUACAGACUUAUCAGCCGGUUCCUUGACCUUGCGCCUGUCUCUAUCGAGGCUGAAACUCAGAACAUUGGCGCCAUGGCGCACAAUGUCAGCCGCGAGUUCCGCCAGACUGGGCCUUACAGUGUCCAUGGUCCGCCCAUCACACACCCAUCUGCGGGUCUCUCGUACCUCCGGACUCGCAACUUCCAAGAAAACCACCCGUUAUAUGGACCUCAGCGCGAGCAUGCUCCCGUCAAGAGCAGAGUCCUACACCCACGCCACCCCGCCAGUGGUGUCUUCAACGCUAUGAUUGGUACUGGCGGUUUUGUUGCCCAGACAUCAAGCGGCGACACUGUGACCGGCAACAGGCGCUCAAGUGCAAGAGCUCUUGAGGAGUUUGACCUAUCAACAAAGGGCGGAGCGAAGAAGUAUUUUGGCAUCCGGUCUGCCACUGUCGACUCGAAUGGACGCAUCAACGUCGCUGUCGAUGACAGUUUCCCGCAGACCGUCAUGGUGCACCAGGAAACGCUCGGCGAGGCUGAGGUGUGGAAACAGUCAUCAAAGGCAUCGAACUCGAGCCCGGGUACGCGCGGCUCGGGACGACCUGCAGGAACACCACACCGUGCAUUUGCUAGUGGAAAGAGCUACGGCCUCAGCAGCGAACGCAAGCUUUAAAGGGUUCAGCUUGAUCGAAUGAGACCGUGUAAAACAAAACUUGUCAUGUACAAUAUCAUCAGAGGACCGCAUGUGUAUAUAUAUCUACGGUGUUGUACGGUCCGAUCAGAAGCUUCCAUGAAUCAAAUAUGGGUAACAUCUAUUCCCAUAAACAUUCGUAUCCAAUUGCGCAUUCUCUGUGACUGUGUCGACACUGAACUCCGUCCUGUUGCCACUGCUAUUCUCAACGGACCUCAGCCCUUUCACUAAUG